AUGGCGUUCACCCGGUUCGUCGAUCUACGAGGCCUGCCACGGAUUUGCUAUAGCGAUAAUGGCGCGAAUUUAGUCGCCGGAGAACACGAGAUUGCCGUUGCACUCGCCGGUUGGAAUCGGGAAAUACUAGCCAACAAGAUGGCCAAUCAAGACGUCGAAUGGCGAUUCAGCCCGCCGGCAUCUCCACACUUCGGCGGGAGCUGGGAGCGUCUCAUCCAGUCAGCCAAACGCGCACUUCGUAGCGUCCUCCUCACCGCAAUGUCAGGUGUCACCGCACUACUGAACGCCAGACCAUUGACGCAUGUCAGCUUCGAUCCGCACGACCCACAACCCCUCACUCCUAACCAUUUCCUGACAGGACGGGCCAAUCCGGGUUUUCAUGCCGAUAACGCUGACGAAUUUGGUGGUCUAACUAAAAAGCGGUGGUUAGAGUCUCAAGCUCUCAUCACCCACUUUUGGAACAGAUGGCUGAAAGAGUACGUUCCGGACUUAAUCGAACGACGCAAGUGGCUGCGCCCGCGAAGAAAUCUAGCCGUCGACGACAUUGUUCUUGUCGUGAUGCCCAACAUGAAGCGGGGAGAGUGGCCCAUUGGCCGCAUUAUUCGCGUUAUUCCUGGUCAGGACGGAGUCGUACGAUCAGCUGAAGUAAAAGUCAUCCGAGUCAGUCCCGGAAGAAAAGGCUGCAAGGAUCCAUCUCGUCUACGAACCAAAACAUCAAUUUUUGUGUGGUCCGCACACAAACUGUGUCUGUUGGAAGCCGAUGGCGAAGAAGAUGUUUCCAGUUUUGGAAACAGGGCCGGCUGUGUGGGGAACGACUCCAACUAA